UGCCGCCUUCGCACCCAUUCAUAAAAACAAACAAAAAAAAGGGAAGACGCAAUCUUUUCUUGUCUCUUCCAUUCUUCAAAUCUUACAGGUUCCUCUUUCUCUUCUUUUAUUCUCUCUAAAACUCUUUUACUCUGUUCAAUUCAAUCUCAAAAAUUCGAUCUUUUUAUAAAAUAAUCCAGAUUCCGAUUAUAAAAACGAACAUUUCUUCAUAAAGCCUGCUGAUUUUGUUUAUGGUUGUGAUUCCCUUAAACCGAUCGGUAAUCUCGUAUCUUCUAUUCUUGAAUUUGAUCCAAUCGUUCUUUAUCACUCUAACGAUCGAGAAACCCGACCCGGAACCAGCCAUGAGAGUCCACCCAAUCCCCAGAGGUCUUAACAACAACACCUUGAUCCAUCACCACCAUCGUCGUCAUCAUAACCCGACCCGAGAACCCGGAAAGAAUCUCCGUCGUUUGCCACACAUCUUCAACCGCGUUCUUGAGCUUCCAUUGAGGUCCGAAGCCGACGUGGCGGUGGAGGAAAAACCCGAUUUUUUCAGGUUCGUGGCGGAGACGGACGGUCUCUGCGGCGGAGGCGGAGGAGGAGAAAUGAGGGCUUACAUGGUGGAGAUUUAUCCGGGUAUUACCAAAAUCGUUGUGAGGACAAAUGAGUCUACGUCUUUGGGUUUGUCUUUGGACGAGUUAGAGCUUGACGUGUGGCGUUUUAGGCUCCCGGAAUCGACUAGGCCUGAGCUUGUUACGGUGGAUUGUGUUGAUGGAGCUUUGAUUGUGACGGUGCCUAAGUUGGUUUCAGAGGAAGAGGAAGAAGAUGAUGAUGAUGGUGGUGGAGGUUUUGGACAAGGUAUGGGUAGUGGGAGGCUAGUUCUUGUUCAGUGAAGUAAUGUUGGUUUGGAAAAAUACAAUUUGUGUAAUGAUGUUUUUUUUUUAAGUAUGAACAUUGCUUUCUUCAGUUAUGAUUCAAAGAGGAAAGAACGAAUCUCUAAUCUUCCUCGUUGAUGUUGUAGCCUUCUUCCCUUUUGUUGUUGGCAACUUUUAGAAGUAAAUAAAAGAAAGGUUGAGACUUUGAUCUCACAGUUUGUAAAAUCCAGAAUGUAUAUGUUUGAGAAAACGGUACAAGUGUU